AUGGCGACCUCGCUGCUCCUCUCCCAAUCCCAACAAUGGCAACAAUGGCAACAAUGGCAGCCCCUCCUCUUAGCACUCCUCGUUUCUGCCGUCUCCCUCCUGCUGUUGACGAGGAGGAAAUGGAAAGGGCGGCUGAGGCUGCCACCAGGGCCCGCCCAGGUGCCCCUCCUGGGGAACCUGCACCAGCUAGGCUCGCUGCCGCACCGUGCUCUGCGUGAUCUGGCGCGGCUCCACGGGCCGGUGAUGCAGCUGCGGCUCGGCACGGCGCCCGCCGUGGUGCUGUCGUCGGCGGAGGCGGCAUGGGAGGUGCUCAAGGUGCACGACCUGGACUGCUGCACGCGGCCCGUGUCCCCGGGGCCGAGGCGCCUCACCUACGGCCUCAAGAACGUGGCGUUCGCGCCCUACGGCGCCUACUGGCGCCACAUCCGCAAGCUCCUCGUCGUCGAGCUCCUCAGCGCGCGCCGCGUCAAGGCCGCGUGGUACGCCCGCCAGGAGCAAGUGGACAUGCUGAUGAGCGCCCUGUUAACCGCCGCGGCGGCGAGGCGGGCGGUGGCGCUGGACGAGCACGUCCUGCGCCUCUCCGACGGCGUCAUCGGUACGGUGGCGUUCGGCAGCGUCUACGCCAGCGACAGGUUCGCGCUCAACGAGAGCUUCCAGCACGCACUCGACGAGGCCAUGGAGAUGAUCUCCAGCACCUCCGCGGAGGACUUCUUCCCCAAAGUCAUCGGCCGGCUCGUCGACCGCGUCACGGGCGUCGUGGCCCGCCGCGAGAGGAUCUUCUGGCAGCUCGACGCCUUCUUUUACAUGGUCAUCGAGCAGCACCUGCACCCUGAGCGCGCCAGCCCCCCUGAGAUGGAGAACGGCGGCGACCUCGUCGAUGCGCUCAUCGCCCACUGGAAGGAGCAUCGUGGGUUCACCAGAGACCACGUCAAGGCCAUAAUCUUUGACACGUUCAUCGUCGGCAUUGACACGAGCUCGGUGACGAUACUGUGGACAAUGUCGGAGCUUAUCCGGAAGCCGCGCGUGCUCGGCAAGGUGCAAGCCGGUAUUAGAGCCGUGGCUGGCGGCAACGUCAACGGGAGGGUGCUGUCCGAAGACGUGUCCAAGCUCAGCUACCUCGGGAUGGUGGUAAAAGAGACCAUGCGGCUGCACCCGCCGGCGCCAUUGAUAUUGCCGAGGAAGACGAUGCGGCACAUCCAGGUGGCCGGGUACGACGUGCCGGCCAAGACGCGGGUCUACGUCAAUGCGUGGGCCAUCGGUAGGGACCCGGCGAGCUGGCCGGACAACCCGGAGGAGUUCAACCCGGACAGGUUCGAGGGGAGCGACAUAGACCUUAAGGGCAAGCAUCCGGAGCUGAUGCCGUUCGGCACUGGGCGUCGGAUCUGCCCCGGCAUGUCGCUCGCCAUGGCCACCGUGGAGUUCACGCUGGCCAAUCUGCUCUGCUGCUUCGACUGGGCGCUCCCGAAGGGGAUGGCGGUGGACAACGUGAGCAUGGAGGAGGAAGGAAGGCUCGUGUUCCACCGCAAGACGCCCCUCGUGCUCGUGCCCACCGCUUACGUGCCGCCAUGGCGCCCAUGA